AUGGCGAAAUAUGAUGCACGAAAACACCUGGAAGAGCCGUUACUGAGACGUGAACCUGUCUGGAUAGAUGAGUGCACGAUAUCCCGGAUGGAGAUCGCGCGGCGAGACAAGCACCAGGUGGCGGAUGACGGCGAGAAACUGCGCAAGCGAUGGAUGGAGCUUCAGAUCAGGCAGUCAACCUUGCAUUACAGGGAUGCAAGGAGUCCAAUUUCCGUCCGGACAAGGCGGGAAAAAGGGGAAAAAGAACGAGAUACAGUCGAUGAGCCUGGCGGAUCGGGAAGCAAAACGAGAGCAAUAUCCAACACCUCCUCGGCACGCAGUUCUCUUGCGGUGAAGUUGAUAAAGAUGGAUAAAGGAGUGACGAGAAAAUGGAUAAAAAGAAGAAAAGGGCGAAACGGCCAAAGAAGCAAGGGCAACUAUCCGGCUAGAGAUAUAUUAAGCUGA